CGUGCACAGACGUGUUUACCCACGUACGCGUGUGCACGCACGUGCACACAUUGCAGGCAGGCAUGUUGACGCCCCAGGCAGCGGAGGACCCUGACUCUGGGCCCUGCUGACCCGGGCAAGGCCCCGUUGUGAUGCGUGCCAUGACCUCAGAAUGCCACGGUGGGUGGGGAGGAGGGAAGGGUCCUCAGAACACACCUGGGGCCUAAGCUGGGUCCUGAUGGUCACUGUGGGACCCACCGGACACACACGGUCCCUUGUCUGGGAGUGGCAUGGGGAGCCUUCUGCCCUUGGGCAGUUGUGGAAAGUGAAGGAGCCCUGGAGGGCUGGCUGUGGGGAGACCAUCUUCCCUUGUGUUCGAAGGGGUCCAGGCACUGGGCUUCUCCCCAAGUAUUUCUUAUUCUGUCUGGCCUCGCUUUCCUUUUGCCCUGAGUAUUCUCAGGAGGGACGGUCCAUCUAGAUGUUCUCCAGGAGCAAGGACCCACUGUUCUUCAUCAUUGACCCAGGAAAAUGAAGCCCCCUCCUAUAGGGACAGCUCAGAAUGGUGGAGUCCACAGUCCCUCCCCGAGAGAUGUGGUUUCCAUGAGCGCAGUGGCUGCUUUGGAGACAGUAGAUCAUUUUCAUCCCUCAUCCCCAAAACCAAACACACUCCCGCUCAAAUGGCGUUAUUCCUAAAGCAGCUUCACUGGUUAGACCGAAGGGCCACGGUAGCCCAAGUGAUGAGCGAGGUAGAACGGAGCAGUCAGGAGAGACCUUGUUCCCCAUAGGAAACUGGGCAUCUCUGUGGCCCUGAGUAUCCCAGGAGGCUGAUCGUACAGAGACCUCUGGUGCCUGACCCCAGUUCGCAUCCACAACCCUGGAAUAGCCCAUCACAGGCCCUUCACCCUUGGCAGGUGGACACCGUUCAACCUGCUGGGGCAGGAUGAACGUGGUGGAGGAUGUAGAUAGUUGGCGGGCGCAGGAGCGAGAGGACGUCAUCAGGAAAUAUGAACAGGGGCACCAAGCUGGGCUGCCAGAGGACAAGGGGCCUGUGCUCAUCGGAAUGUUCGAACACAUGGAUCCGUUUGGGAUUGUGCAUGAGAUGGAGCUGCCUCCUCUGACUGCGCGGGAGGCAAAGCGAAUUCGGCGGGAGACAAGGAGAAACAGCAAGUGGCUGGAGAUGCUGGGCGAAUGGGAGACGUACAAGAACAGUGAAAAGCUCGUAGAUCGCAUAUACGAGGGAAUUCCCACGAACAUCCGGGGCCCGGCGUGGUCAGUCCUCCUGAACAUUCAGGAAAUCAAGUUAAAAAACCCCAGCAAAUACAAGCUCGUGAAGCAGAAGGGCAAGAGGUCAUCUGAACACAUCCACCAGAUCGACCGGGAUGUUAGCAGGACUCUCCAGAACCAUGUCUUCUUCAGGCAUCGAUAUGGAGCCAGGCAGCGGGAACUCUUCUACAUCCUCCUGGCAUCUGCGGAGUAUAACCCGGAGGUGGGCUACCACAGGAACCUGAGCCACAUCGCCCCCUUGUUCCUCCUGUAUCUGCCUGAGGAGGACGCAUUCUGGGCACUGGUGCAGCUGCUGGCCAGUGAGAGGCACUCCCUGCAGGGAUUCCACAGCCCAAAUGGCGGGACAGUCCAGGGGCUCCAAGACCAUCAGGAGCAUGUGGUACCCACGUCACAACCCAAGACCAUGUGGCAUCUGAUCUCUCUCGGGCUGACCCUGCGCCUGUGGGACGUGCACCUGCUACAAGGAAAACAAGCACGGAUGCCCAUGACCACCAUUGCGUUCGAGGUGCAGAAGAAGCGCCUCAAGGAGACAUCCAGUUCUGGCCUGUGGGCGUGCUUUCGGAGCCAGUUCUGCCGUCACUGGGCCAGGGAUGAUGACACGGUGCUCAAGCACGUCAGGGCCUCUGUGAACAAACGAGGGAGGAAGCAAGCGGACCUGCCACCCUCAGCCAAAGCCGAGCAAGGGUCCUCGGCACCCGGGCCUGUGCUGGCUUCACGUGGCGGGAAGACCUUCUGCAAGGGGGACAGGCAGGCCCCUCCAGGCCCACCAGCCCGGUUCCAGCGGCCCAUUUGGUCAGCUUUCCCGCCACGGGCACCUCAUUCUUCCACACCCUGUCCUGGUGGGGCUGUCCGGGAAGACAGCUACCCUGUGGGCACUCAGGGUGUGCCCAGCCCGGCCCUGGCUCAGGGAGGACCUCAGGGUUCCUGGAGAUUCCUGCAGUGGAACUCCAUGCCCCGUCUCCCGAUGGACCUGGAUGUAGGGGGCCCUUGGUUCCCCCAUUAUGAUUUCGAACAGAGCUGCUGGGUCCGUGCCAUAUCCCAGGAGGACCAGCUGGCCACCUGCUGGCAGGCUGAACACUCUGCCGAGGGAGUGAGAUUGGCUCUCGCUGCACCCAGCACUGAUUCCGACCAGGACACCUCCUUCGCAGCUAGGGACGAGGAGCAGUGCACUCCCACCUCAGGGCCUUAUUAUUUAGUUAAUAGGAUUGUACUCAUGUUACAUCUCUCAAUUUUUUUUUAAGAGAUAAAGUCUCACUCUGUCACCCAGGCUGGAGUGCAGUGGUGCAAUCAUGGCUCACUGCUUCCUGGAACUCAUGGGCUCCAGCAAUCCUCCUGCCUCAGCCUCCUGACUAGGUGGGACUAUAGGCACACGCCACCGUGCCUGGCUAAUUUCUUGGACUUUUCUCUAGAGACAGGGUCCACCCGUGUUUCCCAGGCUGGUCUCAUACUUCUAGACUCAAGUGAACCUGAACCUCCCGCCUCGACCUCUCAAAUUGCUGGGAUUACAGGUGUGAGCCACCACACCCGGCCUGAAUUUCUUAUGUGCCAUGCUACUACAAAACGUCAUUAGGGCUUCCUUCCCCUCCCUCCUUCCCUCCUUUCCUUCCUCCCUCCCUUCCGUCCUUCCUUCCCUCCCUCCCUCCCUCCCUCUGUGGCCCCGGCUGGAGUAAACUGGGCUCGCUGCAGACUCCCUGCGUCCGGCUCCCGUGAUUCUCCUGCCCUGGCCUGCGCGCUGCCUGGGAUUGCCGCCGCGCGCCACCACCCCUCCCUGCUUUUUCUCCUUUGGCUGGAGGCGCCGUUUCGCCAUGUCGGCCAGGCUGGUCUCCAGCUCCUGACCUCCACUGCUCUGCCCGCCUCGGCCUCCCGAGGUGCUGGGACUGCAGAAGGAGGCUCGGUGUGGCCCGGGCUGGAGUGCGGUGACGUGGUCUUGGCUCGCUGCAGCCUCCGCCUCCCAGCCGCCUGCCUUGGCCUCCCAGGGUGCUGGGAUUGCAGCAUCUGCCCGGCCGCCACCCCGUCUGGUAAGUGAGGAGCCCCUCUGCCCGGCCGCCCCCCCGUCUAGGAAGUGAGGAGCACCUCUGCCCGGCCGCCCCAUCUGGGAAGUGAGGAGCACCUCUGUCCGGCCGCCCCCCCGUCUAGGAAGUGAGGAGCACCUCUGCCCGGCCGCCCUAUCUGGGAAGUGAGGAGCACCUCUGCCCGGCCGCCCCGUCUGGGAAGUGAAGAGCCCCUCUGCUGGGCCGCCACCCCAUCUAGGAAGUGAGGAGCGUCUAUGCCCGGCCGCCCCGUCUGUGAAGAAGUGAGGAGCGCCUCUGCCGGGCCGCCACCCCGUCUAGGAAGUGAGGAGCGUCUCUGCCGGGCCACCACCCCGUCUAGGAAGUGAGGAGCCCCUCUGCCGGGCCGCCACCCCGUCUAGGAAGUGAGGAGCGUCUCUGCCCGGCCGCCCCGUCUGGGAAGUGAGGAGCCCCUCUGCCCGGCCGCCACCCCAUCUAGGAAGUGAGGAGCGUCUAUGCCCGGCCGCCCCGUCUGUGAAGAAGUGAGGAGCACCUCUGCCCGGCCGCCCCGUCUGGGAAGUGAGGAGCGCCUCUGCGCAGCCGCCCCAUCUGGGAAGUGAGGAGCGCCUCUGCCCGGCCGCCCCGUCUGGGAAGUGAGGAACACCUCUGCCUGGCCGCCCCGUCUGGGAUGUGGGGAGCGCCUCUGCCCAGCCUCCCCGUCUGGGAGGUCUACCACAGAGGCCAGAAGCAAUGUGGGGGCUGGAUGUGGUGGCUCACGCCUGUAGUCCCAGUACUCUGGGAGGCUGAGGCGGGUUGAUCACUUGAGGCUAGGAGCUCGAGACCAGCCUGGCCAACAUGGCGAAACAUAUGAAAAACACAACUGUCAAACCAACCAACGAACCAAGCGACAACAAAACAGGUCUACCCUGGAGUCAUACUCUAAUUUUUUCUAUUUUCCUCCCUUUCUAAUCCUUUAUCCCACUUUCUUUUUCUUCCUCUUCCUUCUCCUUCUUCUUUGUCAAAUAGAGGAUUGAGUUAUUAUCAUUGAUCCAUACAAAGUCCCUCUCUCAUUUAUUUUCUUUAAUUCCCACCCCCCAUUUCUAUUCCCCGUCUUUCCAUGUGCAACCUUCCUAAUAUGUUUGAUAUGCAUCUUUUUGUUAGUAUGUAGUUUUAGAAAAUGUUUAUUGUUUUGUGUGCAAAAAUAAUAAAUAAAUAAAUAAUAUAAAAAUAAAAUUUAAAAAAGUCAUUAUGAGGGGAAGUUGGGUGGAAGGUGCAGGACGACGCUGUAGUGCCUUUACAAUAUUUCUGUAUAUCUAAAAUCAUUUCAACAGGAAACAUUUAUUUCAAAACGUGAAGGUUUUGAUGACACCAUGAGCCUGCCUUUGUACUUUAAACUCAUGGAAGGAGAACCACCUUCACGUCUGGAAAUCAAUGUUUCCUGUUGAAAUGAUUUUAGAUAUACAGAAAUAUUGUAAAGGCAGGCCGGGCGUGGUGGCUCAUGCUUGUAAUCCCAGCACUUUGGGAGGCCGAGGCGGGUGGAUCACGAGGUCAGGAGAUCGAGACCUCAGUGAAACCCCGUCUCUACUAAAAAUACAAAAAAUUAGCCGGGUGUGCCGGGCGCGGUGGCUCGCGCUUGUAAUCCCAGCACUUUGGGAGGCUGAGGCGGGCGGAUCACGAGGUCAGGAGAUCGAGGCCACGGUGAAACCCCGUCUCUACUAAAAAUACAAAAAAUUAGCCGGGUGUGCCGGGCGCGGUGGCUCACGCUUGUAAUCCCAGCACUUUGGGAGGCUGAGGCGGGCGGAUCACGAGGUCAGGAGAUCGAGGCCACGGUGAAACCCCGUCUCUACUAAAAAUACAAAAAAUUAGCCGGGUGUGCCGGGCGCGGUGGCUCACGCUUGUAAUCCCAGCACUUUGGGAGGCUGAGGCGGGCGGAUCACGAGGUCAAGAGAUCAAGACCACGGUGAAACCCCGUCUCUACUAAAAAUACAAAAAAAUUAGCCGGGCGUGGUGGCGGGCGCCUGUAGUCCCAGCUACUCAGAGAGGCUGAGGCAGGAGAAUGGCGUGAACCCGGGAGGCGGAGCUUGCAGUGAGACGAGAUUGCGCCACUGCACUCCAGCCUGGGCGACAGAGCGAGACUCUGUCUCAAAAAAAAAAAAAAAAAGAAAUAUUGUAAAGGCACUACAGCGUCCUCCUACACCUUCCAUCCUGCUGCCCCUAAUAAUGAUGUUUUGUAGUAGCAUGGCACAUAAGAAAUUAAGGCUGGGUGUGGUGGCUCACACCUGUAAUCCCAGCAAUUUGAGAGGUCGAGGCGGGAGGUUCAGGUUCACUUGAGUCUAGAAGUCAGACCAGCCUGGGAAACAUGGGUGGACCCUGUCUCUAGAGAAAAGUCCAAGAAAUUAGCCAGGCACGGUGGCGUGUGCCUAUAGUCCCACCUAGUCAGGAGGCUGAGGCAGGAGGAUUGCUGGAGCCCAUGAGUUCCAGGAAGCAGUGAGCCAUGAUUGCACCACUGCACUCCAGCCUGGGUGACAGAGUGAGACUUUAUCUCUUAAAAAAAAAUUAAGAAGGCCGGGCGUGGUGGCUCACGCUUGUAAUCCCAGCACUUUGGGAGGCCGAGGCGGGUGGAUCACGAGGUCAGGAGAUCGAGACCACGGUGAAACCCCGUCUCUACUAAAAAUACAAAAGAAAAUUAGCCGGGCGUGGUGGCGGGCGCCUGUAGUCCCAGCUGCUCGGAGAGGCUGAGGCAGGAGAAUGGCGUGAACCCGGGAGGCGGAGCUUGCAGUGAGCCGAGAUCGCGCCACUGCACUCCAGUCUGGGCGACAGAGCGAGACUCCGUCUCAAAAAAAAAAAAAAAAAAGAUCUUAUUUAUUUAUCAAAAGACUGCUGUGAGGUAUGAAUUCUUAACCCCAAUUUGCAGAAACUGAGACUUUGCCUGACACCACAGAGCUAGGAAAAAGUGGGCAUAAGAUCCUCACCAAGUCUGACUUCCAAAGGAAAGUUUGAAAAGAAACCUCCUUGCUACCUGCCAAAUCUCUGUAGAGCCAGCAGCCAUGUUCACACAUCAAACAGGACAAUGACAAUAGCACCAGGAAUAGCUACUCCUGGUCAGAUGCCCUCAUGAGCUCAACUCCUCAGGAUGGGGACACCGGGCCCUGCCUAGGGGAAAGGAAGGGGGUUUGUAGGGGAAGCCCAGCCAGCCAAGCAACCAGAGAUGGGAAAAACCCAUUGGGAAGAACUUGCUUGCUCUAGCUGGGCUUUGCAAAACACAGGAAAAGAUGAGUCUGCACAGACGGAAAUGGUCUGGAAUGGCUAAAUGUUUCAUGUAGAAAUUUUAUUUUAUGAUGAAUACACUUGUGCCAUUUCUUAGAA